AUGCAAAAAGAAAAUAUAAUAGAAUUUUUACUAACCAGUGGUUUUAAUGCUUUAACAUACGAACAAAAAAAUCAAAUUAAACUUAAUCGCCCAACUCCUCAUUUAUUAUUAACAUGUCAAGACGGUAAAUGUAUUAGAACAUUUCAAAAGAAUUGGUAUAGUAAAUUUCCGUGGCUUACUGGUUGUGAUAAACGAAAUAAAGUGUUUUGUUUUACUUGUGUAAUAUUUGGAGGGAAAUCAGAAAAACACGCCAUUUCCCAAAAUGAUUUAACUAAUCAAGAAAAAUUUCAUCUAUUGGGUAAAGUCCGAAUUGAACACGUGGUUUCAGAAGGUCGACGACUUGCUGCUGUAAAACAUAACGAACAGGUCGGUAUAAAUAGACGUUUAAUAGCACUUAUGAUACAUGUUGUUUGUUUUUUGGGCAAACAAGAACUUGCUUUUCGUGGCCACCGGGAAAAUAAUGAAUCUUUAAAUAAGGGGAAUUAUCUUGAAUUACUUGAGCUACUGGCUCAAGAAGAGCAGUUGCUUAAAGAGCACUUAUUGUCAUCGGCAAUAUUUAAAGGGACAUCUAAGAUGAUACAAAAUAAUUUGAUUGAAUGCGUUACUUCCGUUUUGAAUUCAAAAUUUUUUAAUGAAAUACAAAAAGUUAAUUACGUAUCUAUUCAAGCAGAUGAAACGACUGAUGUAUCGUGCCGAUCCCAAAUGAGCAUAAUUUUUCGGUAUGUUGUAGAACAAAAAAAUUGUGGAACGAUUUAUUGGUUUUUUUGA